AUGGCGACAAAGGAAAAGAAAGAGAAGAAGUCCAAAACUCCUAGGUCGGAACCAAAGACCGAGAACCCCGAGAAGACUAUCGAAAUUGAGAAGGUCGAAUCGACAGAAGCUGCCGAGAUGGCAGAGUCUGAAGCCGCCGCAUCCUCUUCCAAGCGCAAAAUCGAACUCGAAGAAAUCGAAGUCGACGUAGACGCACCCGAGCCCCCGUCCAAGCGCGCAAAGCGUGCGCUCAAGAAGGGCAAGUCAUUGCCUUCGAAACAGGAUAGCGAUGACGAGAAAAAGGGCGAUAAAGAUGGCAAGGAUAAGAAAGCCGUUCGGUCAGAGCACAGUGUCUGGAUCGGCAACUUGCCAUUUCAUGUCACGGCUAUGGAGCUGCGCAAGUGGCUCGUCGAUAACUCCGGAGGCGUCAUCACUGAAGAGAUGAUCACUCGGGUCAAGCUACCAACCAACAAGGAACCUGGCCGGGAUAAGAGCGUCAAGCCAGCAAACAAAGGGUUUGCCUACGUCGAUUUUACAGAAAUCGGUCCCAAAGUCUCCGCUAUCUCUCUUACCGAGAGUGACCUUAAUGGUCGAAAACUUCUCAUCAAGGAUGCGACAUCGUUUGAGGGUCGGCCCAAAAAGGAGCCUGAGUCCACUGAAGAGAACGCCAAUGAGGGAAAGACCAGCAAGGAGCAAAAGCAGGAUGUCAAUGCCAGUCGCAAGAUUUUCGUGGGUAAUAUGAGCUUCAAAACAACUGAGGACGACCUAUACAGAAACUUUGAGAAGUGCGGCGAGAUCGAAUGGGCCAAGGUUGCGACCUUCGAGGAUACUGGGAAGUGCAAGGGCUUUGGUUGGGUUAAGUUCCAGGACCCCAAUGCUGCUGCAUGGGCCGUCAAAGGUUUCGUCAAAAUUAAAGAGGCAGUCGAGACAGAGGACGAUUUCAAGGACGAGGAGGAGAAGGACAAGUCGCAGCAGAAGCAGUUCAAGACACGCAAGUGGUGGGUAAACCGAAUGCUGGGUCGCGAGCUCAAGGUGGAGUUGGCCGAGGAUGACCAAGUACGGUACAAGAAGCGGUUCGGCAAGGAUCGUAAGGCACUUCCCGACAAGGACAGCAACCCACGAGGUCGACCUCCGCCGCGCAAGUAUGAUCAAACGAAUGGCGCAGUGCGGGAGAGUAAUGAUGCUCAUGGGGAGGUUGCGAAGCCGCUCAAGGAGGCUGAGGAUAUAUCUGUUGCGAGACUGACGGGCGCGGUUGUAAAGCAUACAGUCUCAAAUCACUUUCGUCAUGGACACCAUUUGUCCUUGGACAUACCUUGGAAAGAGGAGGUACAUCUUCCAUCUUCAUUGGCUCACCUUUACUCUAAUAACCGUUUGACGUUUUACAGACUCGAUGAGGCUCUGGCUCAGUUCCGCUCCUCAAAUUCUUCAUCCUCCAUCUCCUUCAAGCUCCAUUUCGCAUCUUAUCAGCCCAAUCCAAACCGUCCUGAAACCAUCCCGGACCGAGCUGCAUAUGCCCUGCACAAGAAGCAUAAUGACAAUCAAGAGGCCCAGAAAAUCUUCGAAGAGCACAUGCUCUCACUUGCGCAGCCACUGAAACUUCCCAUAGCCUUUACGGGACCAACUGGUAACUCAUUUCCUGGACAUCGGGUCAUCCAACAAGUUCAGGAGUCCCAGGGAGCUGAAGUGGCGAACAGGCUCGUGGACGCGGUGUUCAGGUUGUACUUUGCGGAAGGCCGACAUCCCGGUGCUGACGAUAUGUUGGUCGAGGCAUGUGUUGAGGCUGGUAUAGAUGAGGGAGUGGCAAAGAGCUUGGUGGAAGAUAAAUCCAGAGGUGAAAGGGAUACCAAAGAAAAGAUCAGAAGUACAGGUAUGGACAUCGAUGCCGUGCCGACUGUAGUCAUUGAAGGGCGAAGGAGAAACUUGACACUCACGGGCCUGAAAGAAGUCUCGGAGUAUAUUAAGGCCAUGGAGACAAUAAGUAAGGAAAGUUCAUAAUUAAG